AUGAAAGGACUCAAAAUUAUCACUAUCACCGUUGCAUUGGCUAUACUUUCUACUUCAGUUGUUUCAAUUCCCAUUAAAACCGACGUUGAAGCUCCAUCUGUGCCUUUGUUCAGCAGAAGAAUCAUUACAUCUGAAAAAGGAGUUCAGGCUGAUGCUUCUGUAUCUGUACUAAAAAGAAAUGCUGUCGUCAAUGUUAAUGCAGAUGAUGUUGCUAAUGCAAGCUCAAAUGAAAAUGGAACUAAUGUUAACGUUGGUGCUGACGAUACCAACGCUUCCGUAUCCGCAAAAAAGAGAAAUACUGACGUUAAAGUUAAUGCAGAUGAUGUUGCUAAUGCAAGCUCAAAUGAAAAUGGAACUAAUGUUAACGUUG